CUUUUAUAAACAAAAAAUGUUCUUCCAACAUCAUUUAUAAUAAAGAACUAGAGGAAUGUUGAAGAGUACUCUCUCGAAAUUAGGUGAAACUCACAAGAAGCUAAAAUUUUACAUUUAAUAACGUAAUUAGAUUUUAUAUUUUCAGUGAGAUUAAAAGGUUUAGAUUUUACUGAAGGAAAGUUUAAAAUUGGAUGCGCUUUUCAUAGUAACGAACCGCAGAUGAAAUCAAAUUAGCGCAUAGCAUCAAAUCAUUUUGUUUCGAGUUAGCAAUCAUUUGAUAAUGUCUCGAUUGAUUAUUCUUAGCACAACAAGGUUGGUGAAGAGAAGGAUGUAUUUCAUUUGUUAAAAAACUGA